GUUACAUAAGCCGCAUAACCUCACGCUCGAGCUUCCACCUGAUUUCUAUCAGCAACUUGCUCUCUCUCUACAUCAAGAGGCCAGUCAGCUCCUGAAUAACUAAUCUACGUGGCUUUUACAUGUGUGCGUAGAGCGCUAUAUUAUACCCGCGAUAUCAACAUAAAAUAUUUUUGUGCGGCCUCUUGUCUCGUCACCCCAGGCACCUUCAACCUGAGCGAAGUACUAAAAUCAUGGCGGCCCCCCAAAGCACAUACAAGGACCGUCAAUUUCUGGCCGUCAUAGGUGAUGAAGACUCUGUCACCGGCCUUCUACUAGCAGGAAUCGGCCACGUAACAGACCCACCGGACUCACAACGAAACUUCCUCGUCGUCGACGCAAAGACAGAAACCUCCGCCAUCGAAAAAGCCUUUCACAAUUUCACAGAAGAACGCAAGGAUAUCGGCGUGUUACUAAUUAAUCAACAUAUUGCGGAACGCAUUCGAAACAGCGUUGACUCAUUCACGGACGCUUUCCCCGCCGUCCUAGAGAUACCGAGUAAAGACCACCCGUACGAUCCCGACAAGGACAGUGUUCUACGCCGGGUGAGGAGGCUAUUUGGGGAGUAAGGGGGAAAAAAAUAUACAUGCAUGUAUAUUCGCGCAGUAUUUGAUAUAAACCCAACGAUUGCGGAAAGUGGGUUGGUUGUGUGUGUAGGUGAAGAUUCGGGGGCAAGCAGCGCGGGUGGGCGGUUGAUUGCAAUGAAAGAAGAUAUCCCGUCGUUUUUCCCUUUGCCUGAAACCUGGAUUGAGGAGUUCUUUUUAAACGUAUGCGAGAUGGGGCGUUUUGGACUGCUUUGGCGUUGACAUUGCAUCACAAUGGUCGUGAUGACGAUUCUGAUCAUGAUGAUGAUACCACAUUCCGGAGGCGACUGGGAAGUUGAAUAUGAUUAGGAGGCGUUUGUAAGAUGCAUAUAUGUGUCUGUCCGCGGCAUUGGGAAAGGAGGGAGGAGGGGCCCGGGGAUUUAAGGGCCAUCCAUCAUCUUGCCUUCUUUUAACUAACUGCUAUACUAUACCCCGUAUAUUGCUUUAGUAGACUUGUAAGGAUUCGUUCCGGGCUGGGUGGGGUGGAGAUAUAGAUCUAUUUGAUUUUACGAACGCUUAUUGUCAUAUCUAAACGCGAAAUUAUGACCACCUAAUGUCACUCUCUUUCUUCAGGACUCGGGACGCGGGAGGUGCCAAUUCGUGAUCCUUCUGCCAAUCUCUGGAAAAACAAAUAUUGAUGCGGGAAAAGAUAUAUAGCUAGGUUGAUAUAUAGAGAGUAUUAUAUUAGUAUGUAAGUGGGUUGAAC